GCAGCGGGUCUCAUUCUUUAGAGGCACUUUCAACAACCGCCGCGGCGACGAUAACGACACAGCCAAAACCUUCGUCCGCUGGAUAUUGCUUCGCUGCCCACGCAUUCUGGGAAGUGAAUAAUUUUUUAUCUCUUUUCGGAUUACAAUUCCGUCUACCCAUUUUUCACCCUGUUCUUCUAGUUUCUUCCGCCAUUUUGUCUGCUUCGUUAACGUUCUGUUGAUUAUGGGCAAUUUGCGUUGAUGGGUUCUGCGGCGGAGUGGCUGUUCUCAAAUGGGUAUUGCUUCGAUGACUUGCACGACCCGUGUUUCGGAUUGAGAUUUUUUCUUCGAUCGAAUUGAGCUGUAGAACUGCCUUCGAUUGUGUAGAGUUGAAAUUCGACGUUUACUGAUUAAUGGCUUCUGGGAGAGGUGGUUGUUUCUGUGAUGGAGAUUGAUUGUCUUGAGUUCAUGAAGGGAAUGCGGCCUCAUACUUCAUAUUUGAUUCUGUUCAAUCUCUCCGUCUGCUCGUCGUGAGAUCGUUUGUUUCCUCUAGGUUUUGGAGUCGAUUUAUACUGUUAAUCAUUGCAGCCAAGAAACUGAAGUCAGUUUCGUUUUGGGGCUGAGGCCGGUGGGCAUAGUUCCUGGUUAAUUUCAAGGUAAAGGUGUCGCCCAGGUUUUCGUUCUGAGCAUUGAGUUAAGAAAUGAGAAACGUUAUGCUGUUGUAGCUUCGUAUAUUUUAUGUGGGAGUGGGUUUUGCUAGUGGUGAUUUAAUAAAUAUAAUGUUGGAAAGAAGUGGGGUUUCUAUGCUUGGAUUUAGAUUGAUAGACAUUGUCAUUUUUAUUGUGUCUGAUUAUGGGAGUUAAAACAAAAGGGAAGAUUAGUAUUGUGGAAUUUGGCUAGAAUCUUUGGUUGUGUAAGGGAGGGCGUUGAAAUGGACUUGUGGGUAGUUGCAACAGCUGCUGGUGCUGGAUACUUAGCCAAGUAUUGGCAGAAACUAUUGAGAGAUGGGAAUAGCUCAUCUCAGAUGUCUUCUAGGAAUUCUAGUUUUGAGGAAUCAGGAUCUCCAGAUCAGCCCUUUCACCGAACAGCGCAAAGAAAGAAAGCAAGUGGAGAUAUUCUGUCUGAUGAUGCAGAGGUUCUGAACGGGAGAUCUUCUGUUAUGAGUCAAUUUGAUGUUUCUUCUGCCCUGAAUGUGGCUUCUACUAGUGGUUUUGAUUGUGAAACGCUGGAAGAUAUGGGGAAUUACCAGGACUAUAAUGGUCUUUCAGUCUCCAAUUUGCCACUGGAAUUAUCAAUGAGUAAUGACUUUCAAACAUUUGGCCAUAGAAGCAGUAUAGAUGGCAAUAUGGAUGAUAUGGCUGAUCAGCUAUCUUGUUCAUCUUCUAGAGAACUGAAUUGUUUUCGGCCUAUUGUGAGAAAAAUCAGUUCUAUUAGAAAUAAACAUUCAUAUGGGAGAUUUUUUAGACCUCUUAGUUCAUUAGAUGGUUGUGUAAUGUCUCAUCUCUACAAGGAACAUAUUGAGAUGGAAGAGUAUAUCCUACAUUCACUUCAAUCACCAUCUAGAUCGACUAUGAAGCGGUUUAUUGUAAACGACGGAACCCGGAUAGUCAGCAGGGCAGUUAGAGAUUCUUUUAGUUUUCAGGUUGAUAGGGAUGCAAGUAAUUUCCACAAAGAGCCAUGUAUUGAAAAGAACAGAAAUGUGUAUGGGGUACCUUUGCUUCCGAAAAUACAGUCUUUCAAGACCUCUGAGAAGAUAAAUAUCAAGGCAGGAAGAAGACAAGGUGGAGUGAGCAAUGCCAGUCAAAUGCAUAAUGAGAAGUUCUUCCAUGCAAAAGAUCGGAUGAUUCUAUUCUGUCUUGGGAUUUCCAUUGGCUUAGUAUCAUCUUUCAUGACUAAUAAGUGUGAAAUACACAAGCUCAAAGAGUUACUAAAGCAUACUGAGAACUUGGUCCAAGAUCUACAAGAGGAACUUGAGAUGAAGGAUUCUCUGACAGUGAAGGAGCUUUCAAAUGAGAAUUGUGGAUCACAAGGAAUAUCUGAGAAUUAUUUCUACGAUGAGAAAGAACAGAAUCUUGAUCCUUCAGCUAAAUUUGACGAUAGGGAAUUAUUUGAACAGAACGCUGAAGAGGGUUCGGAAUCUCGGAGUAAAAUUGAAGCUGAGCUUGAAGCAGAACUUCAGAGGUUGGGACUAAAUAUAGAUGCAUCAAGUACAGAUAGAAGAUUUUCCAAUCUUCAUGAGCUUGAUCCACAAUUUACAGGACAUUUCUCUGAAGGUGAGUUGAGAGCUGACUUGUUUAGUGAGCGAAGUGCCAUUCAGCUUCAGCAAAAUCAAGAUGCAAGCGAGAUUACUUGCUCGGGUAACUACACAGUUUCACCCUGGGAGCUUAGCGUGCGAUUACAUGAAGUUAUCCAGUCAAGACUUGAAGCACGUGUGAGGGAGCUCGAAAUAGCCCUUGAGAACAGCGAGAGGAAACUUCAGUGCAUCAAAGCCAAGCAGAUGAAUUCUUGGAAAGAAUUUGCACAAAGUGAAUUGCUAUAUUCGUCUAGUGAAGAAAGUCCAAGUGCUCAACCCCUUGUUAUGAACUUAUCAGGAGAAGCCCUGGAUGCCUACAAUGAAGCUUAUAAUGAGUUGACCAAUAUGGACGACUCUGAAGAAGAGCUUGUUUUGUCACCAUCAGUAGUUGACGAAAGUAAGCCCGUACAAAGCCACACCGCAACUAACUGUCGUCAAUUUGGAGUCCUGAAUGGGAGGACAAAUGAAUCAACGAACCUCAGUCAGACACUCGUAAUGGAGAAGACAGAUCGGGAAGAUCUUCAAAACAAGGUUGGCAGAAUGGAAAAAUGUUUCAUGUUGGAUCAGCAAUCAAAUGAUGUAGAUGGCAGUGGGGAUGAAAGCAGUGACUAUGAUGAUGAGAUGGAGAAGCAUUUGAUAAAGCAAAUUGUGGAGAAAACCAGAAUGGGUUCUCCUGUGGUUCUGAAUGCACAAAGAUGGUUAUUUUCGAUGGAUAAAGACGAUGGCUGAUUCAAUGAUUGAUGACAAAUGAACAUGUUAGUUUUGCAGAUACACAAAAAAUUGGAGUAGCACAGUAGAGCUCAAUCAAUAGUGUAAAACAUACCACCAAUUAUUAUUUCUCACCUGAUGAGCUUUCUCUGCAUCGUUUUCGUUAAAAUUGAAGCUUCUCCCCAA